AGUCAAGAGAAGAGAAGACGUGAUGGAUUAAUGGUGGUAGACUUCGACUUUGGUUCGUUCGUUCAACUGUCUUACUUAACCAAAAACCACCUCUCCACUCUCCACUUUCUUCUUUCUUUUCUUCCACUUUCUCUGCAACAACAAAAUUCACCAUAAACACAACUCAAUCCCUAUUUCUCUUCCUCGUUUCGGGCAAUGGAGGAGCAUACCUCUCGGAUCACUCGGCCAUUUGGAGGUUCCUUUGCCAUGGAGCUUACCGGCAAGAUCAUGCUGGCUGCCAUUUUGAUCCUCUUUUUGGUCAUCAUCUUCGUUCUCGUUCUCCAGCUUUACUCCAGAUGGUUCUUGUCCCGCAUUGUCGAAUCCACGCCGGAUUCCGCCGCAAGCCACGGCUCUGGUCAGGAUUCCCUGCGGAAAGGGCUCGACGCCGCCGUGCUCCGGUCGCUUCCGGUGCUGGUGUUCGAGGCGGCGGAUUUCGAAGAGGGAUUGGAAUGUGCUGUGUGUCUGUCGGAGCUGGCUCAGGGAGAGAGAGCUCGGCUGCUGCCGAGGUGCAACCAUGGCUUCCAUGUGGAUUGUAUCGAUAUGUGGUUCAAAUCCAACUCCACUUGCCCUCUCUGCCGAAAUCCAGUCGCACUCCAAGCCCUAAAUCCCUCCCAAUCGAAUUCCGCGGAGGAUUUGGAAUCCGGAUCUUCAAUCGAGUCUCCAAUUUUCCCUACGAAUGUUCUGUUUUGGGGAAACCAAAUGCAGGUCAGUUCCAGAGGAGUUUGCUUGGAAGAAGCUCCAACUUCUUCUUCUUCAGCAAACACAAGGCCAGAUGGAGUUGUGGCUAUUGACAUUCCGAAUGAGCCCUCAGCAUCUUCCUCCGGCGCCGGAGCCGGCGGCUGUACCGGCGAUGAAGAGAUGAAGUCGGCGUUGACAACCAGAUUGAGAACAUUGAAAAGGCUUUUGAGCGGAGAGAGAAGAGCCGGCGGGAACAGCCUCACUCCCUCGGAUCUCGAGCAAGUUGGGAGAGGGCAGAGUUAAAAAAAAACGAAGAUAGAAAAAAAAAAUCAAAUCCUUCUUUUAUUUUAUUUGUUUAAUAUUUUGCACAUAUAGAUUAUAGACUCAAACGAAUCAAAAAUUAAGGGUCACGUAGAAGAAACUUCUUCAGAAAUUAUUCUUUUUCCAGAAAAUUGCUCAAUUACAAGCCAGAGACUGUGUCCUCCAUAGUCCGGCAGCUGUCUUUCAAAAACUUGUCGAGUAAUUACUAUUUUGUAUUAAAAUUCA